AAAUCGCGUUCUAUAUCCCACGUCAUGUGUUUAGGCGACAGAUUUGAACCGCGUCAAGAAUAGGAUAUAAUAAUAAUUUACAGUUACACUUACACGGUCGUAUAUACGGAUAAACGAGUGACAUAAACGUAUUAGGGGCAUUUGACGUGUAUUAUUAUAAGUGCAAGCCGAUAAAAUCAAUUCCCGCUUCUAGCACCUACUUUCAGUUCAUCAUUCCUCAAGUGCUGCGUUACUAAUUAACUGGUUUAUUGUAUCCAAUAACGUGAACAUGAAGAGCCCCACGAUGCCUGGGAAGAAAUCCAUUUUCGUCGCUUAUUUUAUGUGGCUUUUUACGGGAAUCUUUGGGGGUCAUCACUUCUACCUUAGACGAGAUCGCCAUGCAUUUGUUUGGUGGACUACUCUGGGUGGUUUUGUCAUAGGGUGGCUUGGCGAAAUAUUUAGGAUACCGCGGUAUGUCCGCGAAGCCAAUAACGAUCCACAAUAUGUGGAAGAAUUGGCAAGGAGAGUAAUCCAGAACAAAAAGCCUCCAUUUUCUAUGAAUCGUUUUACUGGUAUGCUGAUGGUCGGAUAUUCUUGGGCGCAAAUGACAAUGUUUGCGAUACCUCCGGACUCAUUCUGGGGAAUAAAUCUCCGAUACUUGAACCUGUUGAUUCCCGUGGCUCUCGCACUUGGUGUAUGGACAGUUGGCAACAUCGGGAAUGAGGAGGGAUCCCUCAAGUGGCCAUUGCUUGGGGCCUUUGCGGCAUAUCCAAUCCGCUACUAUGUGUUUGAUGACAGCAUCUGGUUUACCAUAAUGCUUCUAGCGUCGGCCUGUGCAUUUGAUUCCUACUCAAAGCGUUGGAGAAGGACGCCCAAGAAAAAGACCCAUAACGUGAAGCGUGUUUCCAUCCUGGCUGUGUGUGCGUGCAUAUACCUGUCACUAUGGUGCAGUUAUCUGUACUUUCAUGGCACCAUCACUGACAGCGAAGGCGAUGAGGUGCCCAUCUAUGAAGCUUUACACCACUUCUUUACAAGUCCCUGGUGGUUAGAUGUGAAGCAAUGUAUUGCUGAGACUUACCAGUAUGCGCAGCACCACGGAUGGUAUGAGGUGUGGAAGCAGAUCAUAGACCUUUCGGAUCCACACGGCGAACAAAACGCCUACAGGGGAUUUUUCCCAGCGGCCUGCGCUUGUGAAUUAGGACCAUACGAACGAUUGAAAGUGGUGCUGGGAGUUAACCGCGAUUCGUCUCAAUCUGAGAUAACCUCGGUAUGGAGAAAAUUAUCCCGGGAGAACCAUCCAGACAAAGUAAAAGAUGAGGCAGAACGCAGGGCCGCUCAGGAACGCUUCAUGGAAAUCCAGCAGGCUUACGAAAUCCUAUCGAACAGCAAGCACCGACGCAACCGAAGAAACAAAAAGGACAAUUCGGACGAAAAGAGUAUAUAGGAUUGGGUUACCGGUUUCGCACGCUUAUUUGUGCGUAAAACCGUUAAGAUCAUAACUCGACUGGUAUAUGAAACGCUAGAUAGAUAUGAGUACAUUGUCAGUAUGUUAUCCGUAAGUCAACUGCUUAUUCUUCUCAGUUACGCCUUGGCCAUAGUUUUACCACUGAUAGCCGUUAGUUAUUACAAAUGUCUCGGCUACCUAUGUGAUGGCCUUAUUAUUUUCCUUGAAGUUACAAUUCAAUCAGUAAUUUUGUUAUGGUUAAUAUUUCAGUUUAAGUUACGUCGUCUACGCCGUCGUUUGAUCAGGAUGAUUUAAAAUAUUAAAUCAAAUAAAUUUCAUACAUAUGUGUUUUUUAAUGUAGUAUUUUUAUAGGACUUUGUGCAGCUAUUGUCAUGCAUAUAGGAUUUUCUUUGUCUACACGAAAACGAUUUCAAGAUAGGAAUUUUAAGAAUAUUCUCGCAAUUUGCGUUGCAUUUGAUGGCAGCCAUGGUACCUACUUAUAAAAUAUGUCUAAGGUACUAAUAAAGCAUUUAUAAUAAAUUGUCUGAAGAAACAUAAACGUGGCUAUUUAAUCCGUUAUUAAUUAGAAUUACGCGCAGUAUUUAAUCAUAUUUAUUCUAAUUAUUAGUCUAGAGUUACAUAAGACAUUGUCUAUUUAUCUGCUCUAAAGGGCGAUCGUAUUAAUGGUUAUAGGCCUUCUAUAUGGGUAUAGAAGUGAUGACUGAUAUGAAGUCUUAGAGAGGUGGGAAUUAGAGCUUCCAAAACAGGUGUUGUUAUUAAAGUAUACAUCAUUAUAUAUAUUAUAUACAUAUAUACAUUCAAUUCUAGGUUCGAUAUAAAGAUGUAUGUGUCUUCCUUUUGGCUCUAUUUCUCUAUUUUGAACUAUGUAUUUUAACUUAUGAUCUAACUAAAUCCAACGAUAUUACUAUUUGAAUCUCAUUCAAUGUACUUUAUAUUAUUAUAUACCAUUUACAUGGUUCGUAAUUUGUAUCUUAAAUUGUAGAUUUUAAAAACUUAUUUAUGUAUGACUAUCAAAUAAGUGUAGUACAUAUAGGAAUUAGGACAUUUAAUGUAUGUUACUGUUUAACCCACGAUGUAAAGGACUGCUCUUUGCUAUUUGACUAUAGUCAUUUUAUAUAGGUACUAUUAGGUACAAGUAAAAAAAACCUUUUUAAACUGUUACCUUUAUUAAUAAACGAGCUGACUUUUUAAUGCAUUUAUAAGCCAAAUGGAUCUAAUUUUUAAGGCGAGCGUUCUUAUUAGUAUUUGUGUUUGAUAUAAAAAGAUAUCAAUUUCUUGGAAUUGAAAAAAUUCGGUGGUUAUGAAUGUCACGGGGCCGUCCAACCUUUUUCGGAACCAAGUUUUGAUAAAGUAGUAAUUAUUUAAUUUUAACAUUUUAAAAUUGUAACUAAAUUUAACACUGUCUUGGGGUUUUGGCCUUUUCAUCCUCACGACAGGUAAUUUUAUGAAAUUUGUUUAAACAUCAAGCCUGUCACUGGAUAGCAGUCAAUGCUUCAGUAGAACAUGGCAAAUAUUGAACGCACAAGUCGCAAAUUAUUAACUUAUUUAAUAUUUAUGAAUGUAACAUUAAGAUUAGUAAGUACAUUUUAAUAUUGUGGUAGUAGUAGUAAAUUUCGAAUAAUAUAUUCAAUGUGGUAGACUUACAUCAUUAUCUCUAUGAUAUUCAAAGUAAUGGAUCUGCUUGUUAAUCUGUCAUUUAUAAUCCUGAUUUAAAAUACAUUCCAAUUUCAAAUAGUUUGUAAGAAGAUGCAUUUGUAAGUUAAAGUUUAUUUAAUUUAUUCUUUUUAGAUUUUUAUUUAAACGAUUUUUUAUAUUUUAUAUUCAAUUUUUUUGUUUUUUUUUUCUUUAGAUAAUAUUUGCUAUGUAGUAAUUGGUGUUUGAUGUAAACAUAAUAAACGAUGUAUUGCUCA